CUGCAAGGGAUCAGAGCACUGGCGAUCGUUGCGGUCCUUCUAUUUCAUUUUUAUCCGGAGCACUUUCCUAAUGGAUACCUAGGAGUUGAUCAGUUUUUCGUGAUGUCGGGAUUCUUGAUGUCCAUGAUAUUGGAAAGAGAAAAAAACAUCGGAUUUCGGGAAAUAGGACAUUUCUACUACCGUCGAGUGCGACGUAUUUUGCCAUCGUAUCUUUUGGUUAUUCUGUUCCCCCUGGUCGCUUCUAGCUGUUUCCUUUUGCAAUGCUUGCAAGUGGACAACUUGAAUUCUGCUGUCCAUGCUGUGAUGUUCACGACAAACAUCAAAGCCGCCGACAGUGUCCGAAAUUAUUUGAAAAUGGUAAGUUCAACGAAAACAACAACUUCAACGGCGUUGAACGGGUGGCAUCGUCUCGUCUCGGCCAAGCCUAUUCGCACCUUAUGCUUCUAUCUUCUAUCGAGAACUCGGGUGCAAAUGUACGUGCAUUUUAAGUACAGAUCGUCACCUUAUUUUUUCGUAAUCCAAGCAGCUUCCAUUGGUCCUGAGAUUUUUGCAGCCUCUCCGUACUCGCUUUACCCAACGCUGCAGAAUUAG